AUGGUGCUGAUCAAGGACCUCGACGCUAUUAAACAAAUUCAAAUCGCCAAGUUUAAAGACUGCAGUGCCCGUGGGAUCAUGUCCAUGCUUUCUCUUCAUCACCCUUUCCGAAAGUUCCACAUCUUCAACGCUUCGGUUCAGAGAUGGCGGACCAUCCGUGGAGUGUGCACCAAAACAUACAAUUCCAUCUACCUAAGAAAGAUGUCGCACCUCUUGGAGCACUGCACGGACGAAUUCUUGGAAGUCCUCGAUACGGCGUGCACUCAAGACGUGCCCAUCAACACCAUAGCCGUGUGCAGGACCUUUGCGGCGAAUACGAUGCUUCGGACGGGAUUAAGCUUCAGGAUGGACGAGCGAGACAAGACUGGAAGGGAUGUCCGGGACAGCGUCAAGAAGCUCACGCUAGCGAACAUCAGGGUCUUCCAGGGAGGACUCCUGCACUUGCUUUCAAAUUGCUUCCCGGAAUUCACUCUCGUCUUCCAAUUUGUGCUGAGGAUGAUUGAGAGCGUCCAGAAACCUGCUGUCUGUGAGCUUCUAGAUGCCAUGGCUCCAAUUAUAUACGCUCGAAAAUUGGAUCCCCCGGAACGCAAGAAAAAGGAUUUGCUACAGUUUUUAAUCGACGCAGAGGAGAGUGAUGGCGGAGGUCCCAAUACAACUGGCGUCCGCAGUGGCGCCGAUGAGGGGAAAACAACGCCGCCAAAACAAGCCAUCAUGAGUCUUGUGGAGGUAGAGAGCAACGUUUCACUCAUCGUGUCAUCAGGAACCGUGAACCUGAGCAAGUACUCGUCCUGGCUGCUGUACCUUCUGGCAAGACACCGAGACGUUCAAGAAAAAGUCCGGAACGAGAUUAAAGCCAUACUUCAAAAUGGGGAUGCCAUCAACUACGAUGCCGUGAAAAAAAUGCAAUAUUUGGAACAAGUAUUUCUCGAGUCACUGCGGACACAUUCGUCUCCAUCAGGGUUUGUUACUCGUCUCGUAGAAAACGAACUCGAUGUUGGCUGCGUCAAAAUCCCCGAGGGAGUGAGCAUCAUUAUCCCGACCUACCUCCUCCAUCACGACCCGGAGCUAUGGCAAGACCCGACCAGCUUCAAUCCCGAAAGAUUUUGCCCGGAACAUUUUGAGCAUGAGGAUGCGGGUGCGUUCCAGCCUUUCGGCGCCGGACCCCGAAACUGUUUCGCGAUGGCGUUCUCAAAGAACGUCAUCAUGCUCCUGACAGCCAAGGUGAUAGCGAAGUACAGGCUUGUUCUCACCCAGUCUGAUCACGAGGCGGACAUGAGUGACAAGGACAUGGAAGAGAUGCUUCUCUUGGGUUAUUUAAAGCGAGGACUUUGGGUGAAGUUUGAAAAGUACUGA